GGAGCGAAGGGAGCAGCCCCGCCGCUGGAUGUUCCGCGGGGCGGCGCGGGGGCCUCCUCCUCCUCCUUCUCCUCCUCCUGCUGCUGCUGCCGCCGCCCGGUGUGUGCGGCGGGGCGGGGCGCGGCUGCCGGGGGCAGCGGCGGUGGCGGAUCGCGGCGGGCGCCCAAGAUGGACUAUGACUUCAAGGUGAAGCUGACCGGGGAGCGCGAGAGGGUGGAGGACCUCUUCGAGUACGAGGGCUGCAAGGUGGGCAGGGGCACCUACGGACACGUCUACAAAGCCAAGCGCAAGGACGGGAAAGAUGAUAAAGAUUAUGCUUUAAAACAGAUAGAAGGUACUGGAAUUUCCAUGUCUGCAUGCAGAGAAAUAGCAUUGCUGCGGGAGCUCAAGCAUCCAAAUGUCAUUUCUCUGCAAAAGGUGUUCCUUUCUCAUGCUGACAGGAAAGUGUGGCUUCUCUUUGACUACGCUGAGCAUGACCUCUGGCAUAUAAUCAAGUUUCACAGGGCUUCUAAAGCAAACAAGAAACCAGUUCAGUUACCUCGGGGAAUGGUGAAGUCGCUGUUAUAUCAGAUCCUAGAUGGUAUUCACUACCUGCAUGCUAACUGGGUGUUACACAGGGAUUUGAAACCUGCUAAUAUUUUAGUUAUGGGUGAAGGUCCUGAGCGAGGAAGAGUAAAAAUUGCUGACAUGGGCUUUGCCCGAUUAUUUAAUUCACCUCUGAAGCCUUUAGCAGACUUGGAUCCAGUAGUUGUAACCUUCUGGUAUCGAGCUCCAGAGUUGCUUCUUGGAGCAAGACAUUAUACCAAAGCUAUUGAUAUUUGGGCCAUAGGGUGUAUAUUUGCAGAGCUGCUAACAUCAGAGCCAAUAUUCCAUUGUCGACAAGAAGAUAUCAAAACUAGUAAUCCUUAUCACCAUGACCAGCUGGACAGAAUAUUCAAUGUAAUGGGAUUUCCUGCAGAUAAAGAUUGGGAAGACAUAAAAAAGAUGCCAGAACAUUCAACCUUAAUGAAAGAUUUCCGGAGAAACACGUAUACCAACUGCAGCCUUAUCAAAUAUAUGGAAAAACAUAAAGUUAAACCAGAUAGUAAGGCAUUCCACUUGCUUCAGAAAUUGCUCACUAUGGAUCCAAUAAAGAGAAUUACCUCAGAACAGGCUAUGCAGGAUCCUUACUUCUUGGAAGAUCCUCUUCCCACGUCUGAUGUUUUUGCAGGUUGUCAAAUCCCUUACCCAAAACGAGAAUUUUUAACAGAAGAAGAACCAGAUGAUAAAGGAGACAAAAAGAACCAGCAGCAGCAGCAGGGCAAUAACCAUACUAAUGGAACUGGUCAUCCAGGGAACCAAGACAACAGUCACACACAGGGACCCCCACUGAAAAAAGUGAGAGUUGUUCCUCCUACCACUACCUCAGGUGGACUUAUUAUGACCUCAGACUAUCAGCGUUCCAACCCCCAUGCUGCCUACCCCAACCCCGGACCAAGCACAUCGCAGCCACAGAGCAGCAUGGGAUACUCAGCUACCUCCCAGCAGCCGCCGCAGUACUCGCACCAGACCCACCGGUACUGAGCUGCACCCGGUGCCGUCGAUGCGCUGUCGCUGAUGCUGCAGGACCGGCCGCACAGCUGCGUGCCAGGAGCCCGGCUUGGGCCAGAGAAUGUACUGUACAACCACACCUCCCACCUGUCCGACCGCCACGACCCACCCCCUGCCACGGGGCCGAGGGGGGGCUCCCACGUUGUACCUGGUUUUGGGGUUAGACUUGAAAAGAAAGUGCUAGCACGGUUUGUGUUGUGGAUAUGCUACUUCUGUAGUUUACUUGACAUGGUUCAGACUGACCGAUGCAUUUUUUUCAGUGACAGUCUGUAGCAGGUGAAGCUGUGAAAUGUGCUAGGGGCAAGCAUUUUUGUUGUCGUAUGUGGUGAAUUCUCUUGAUGUAACAACUUCAUCUGACCAAUAGUACACGACAUCUUUGAACUGGUACUUGAAGCAUACAGUAUAUGUUACCAUGGCAAAAAAGCAAACUAACUGUAACUCUCAGACAGUUUUGAUAGACAUUUAUUUUUAGUGACUUUUGUGGGUUGGUUCAUUUUCCAGCUAGAUCGAUGUUUUAUGACCGACAUGAUUGCUACAAUGAGAUUUUUUAAGAACAUGGAAGCAUUUGCAUUUUUUCCCAGCAAUUACAAGUGUCCCAAAGAUUUAUUUCCAACAUAAGUUUUUGUUUUUGUUUUAAAAUCUAUGACUUGACUGGUAUUAAAGCUGCUAUUUGAUAGUAAAAUAAGUAUGUUGUCAUUGAUAUAAACAUGUUUGGUUCAGCAAACAAACUAAAAUGAUUGUCAUAGACAGUGUUUUAUUUUUUUCCUGUUGGUGUUAAUGAUUUGUGAGCAUGCUUUGGGAUUAAAAAAGCAUGAGUGAUAUUUCCUAAAAAGGUGCGGCAUCCAUUCAGAUAUUUUGUCAUGAUUUUUGAGAACCAGCUUGGUGUAGUGGAUUUUAAAUUCUGUUCAGUUAAUUUUUUUUUAAUGUUCGCACGUUGUUUAGGGGUGCCAUUCCUACUGCAGAGGAACAAGAUGUUAGGAGAGCCUUAGAAUUUAUGAGGAAAAACUUACAUACAAUGUACUGUAUCAAACUAUUUUACAUGAAUGACACAAGUAUUCUGAGUAAAAAAAUCAAACAUUGUUAAAACAAGGUGUUAUGUAAUAAAUUUAUUUUUCAUAAAUCUGCA